UUCAAUCUUCAAUUCAAUCAAUCCUUUCAUAAUGUUGGAAAAACUGCGUAUUAAACUAUUUUUCGUCAAUAAAUUAUUUUGAGCGGUCGACCUUCAAUCAGUAAAAAAGCUGUUUUGAAUUUUUUGAUUGGCUGUAAACUACAUGGGUGAUAUGAUAAGUACAUAACUACGUUGUGCGGUAAUAAAGUUAGGUUAGGUGUUAGUAGACUAGAGUCUUAAAAUAGAUCUGCUGCAGCUACAGGCAAGUUGUCUCUUGAAGCCCAGAACUUUAGCUGAUACAAUAUAAACAGCCCAGUUUCUAUUAUACAUGUUUUGACGCAGUGAUACUACAUUAUCAAUUAAAUAUUGUGAUAUUUAAAUAAGUUUACCGACGGGACAUCUUAUAAUUCGUCUUGAGCCGCUAAUGCUACAUUCUGCUGCAUUGAAAUACGACUGUGUUGACCAAACUUAGAGGUAAACAGAAGAGUUUUUACGGGGGAGUUUUACAUUUUCACUACACUUAUUUCUUCAUCAAGAAACAGUAAUAGUGGAAUGGGACAAAGGGACUGGAGACCUUUUGUCUACGGGGGCAUUGCAUCGUGCGUCGCUGAGUUUGGUACCUUCCCUAUUGAUCUAACCAAAACUAGAUUGCAGAUCCAAGGACAGAAGUUGGACAAAAACCAUGCUAGUCUCAAAUACAGGGGUAUGGUCGAUUGUUUUCUGAAGAUAGUCAAGCAGGAGGGAUUUAUUUCUCUAUAUUCUGGGAUAUGGCCAGCAGUUCUACGACAAGCUACUUACGGUACCAUUAAAUUCGGAACUUACUACACAUUGAAGAGGUUCGUAGUUACUUAUAACGAAGGGAAGGAAAGUGUCACUGCGAAUGUUGUGUGUGCAGUAAUAGCAGGAGCGAUAUCGAGUGCCAUUGCCAACCCCACGGAUGUGUUGAAGGUCCGCAUGCAGGUGGCCGGUACCCACGGCAGUACGAACGUAGGAUUGGUGGACUGUUUCAGGGACGUGUAUACUCAUGAAGGAAUCUCAGGAUUGUGGAGGGGCGUUAAUCCAACAGCACAGAGAGCAGCUGUGAUAGCGGCGAUUGAAUUGCCAGUUUACGAUUUUUGUAAGAGUCAUUUGAUGAAUCUUCUUGGUGAUAAACCUAUUAACCAUUUUAUAUCUAGUCUUAUUGCUAGUUUAGGAAGUGCUAUUGGAUCAACUCCCAUUGAUGUGGUUCGGACCCGACUUAUGAACCAAAGAAAACUGAAGCGGUGCGGUGGUCAGUUGCCUAGUCACAUUUAUCGAGGAACGUUGGAUUGCUUCGUGCAGACCUACAAGAACGAAGGCUUUUGGGCGUUCUACAAAGGAUUCGUGCCGACGCUGUUCCGCAUGGGCCCGUGGAACAUCAUCUUCUUCCUCACCUACGAACAGCUCCAACACCUGUACUAAGUAUUACUUGCGUAUUAAUUUUGUUGUUGUUUUAUUCUUCAAGACGAAACCUGUUGAUAGUAUUGUGAUUUUAGUGCACCUUUUAAGAUUUUAGUAUGUUGAAUUUAUUCGAUAUAAUGUAUAUGGCACAUGUUACGAAAAUAAAGAAUUUAAUGAAGA